AUGCCGAAUUUUCUAAGCGACAGCCGCUCCACAGCGCUCGCUGUCCCCGCAGGAGUGAAUGAACGAAAUGGGCGAGAUGGUUUUCGACUAAUACUUUCACCGGGGUUAAGGGCCUGCGCCGAGGCCCUUGGCACCGCUCAGUGCGAUGCACUUAUCUGCAGCCGAACUUCUGUGCGCCCGGUCUAUGCGCGCCUGGUGUCAAAGACCGGAGUAGCGAAAGCUCUCGACUCUGUCGCGCCCUCAACGCGAGGCUGU